AUGGCGGAGGGGCCGGCCCAGAACCGACGGGUGUUCCUCAACCACCUCGACUCCUACUGCGGCCGCAACAUCGGCGAGUAUUUAUCCAGAUGUAUUGUUGGGGCAUCUCUUGAAAGCACAGAAGAAGAGGAGGAGGAAGAUGAAAAUAAUUCAGCUGCUGCAAUUUCUAGUAGGCCAAAGGAGGGAGUCUACCAAAUAGUGGGUACUCUUUCUAAUCCAGAGAAUACUAAACCACAUUUUGCAGAGGAAAUAUAUGCAGUCUCUUCCAGAAAUGAGCUUUUAAGUCACUUGCUUGAGUGUGACAUUGUUUUAUAUAAUAUCACCGAGGAUACAAAUCAAAUUGAGGAAGCAACAUGGGCUGCUUCUGCGCUACAUGGGGAAAUAGAGCGUUUUAAAACUCCAAAGUCAUUCAUCCUCAUUUCAACAAUAAUGAGUUGGGCAAAAAGCAAACCCCCUGACCCUGAAGAUCCUGAGAUUCCUUUUACUGAUGAUGACUAUCGCAGAAGAAAACCUCAUCCUAAUUUUGUGGACCACAUAAAUGCUGAAAAACUCAUUCUCAAACUUGGGAAAACUAACAAACAUAAAUUUUCAACUUAUGUCGUUGCCUCAGGACAUCAAUAUGGAUAUGAGGAAGAAGUCUUUCACUACUUUUUUAAGGUAUGUUGGCUUAGUGAGACUCCUACAAUACCUGUUUUUGGAGAUGGAAAAAAUUUUGUUCCAACUAUUCAUGUUCUUGAUUUAGCAGCAGUGUUACAAAACAUAGCAGACCACAGGCCAAAGUAUGGCUAUAUACUUGCAGUAGAUGAAUCUAUGCACACUCUUCAAGAAUUAAUAAAGUCUAUCAGUAAAAAUCUUGGACCAGGAAAAACUGAGAAGAUUCCAAUAGAAAAUGCAUUCCUGAGCAAAGACUUAACACAAAUGCAUCUGGACAUGCUGCUUGUAAACCUGCGAAUGGAAUCUAUGUUUCUGAAAGAGAUUUUCAACAUUAAGUGGGUGUCUCAGGCAGGACUGGUGGAGAACAUUGAACAAGUUGUCAAAGAAUACAAGCAAAGUCGAGGAUUACUGCCUUUAAAAGUUUUCAUUCAUGGUCCUCCUGGCUCUGGCAAAUCUGCCAUUGCUGAAGAGCUCUGCAAGCAGUACAAGCUACAUCACAUUAAGAUAAAUGACCUGAUUUCUGAAACAAUAGCAAAUCUGGAGAAAGUUGUGGCUUCUAAAGAACUAGAAUCUGAUGGUGUGGGAGAAGACGAUGAUGAAGAGGAGGAGGGUAUAAAUGUAGAAGAAGCAGAGGAGUUAUUAGCUGGAAUAAAAGAAAGCAUGGAGCAGGACGCAGGUCAUCUAGAUGAUCAAUAUCUUCUUAAAUUUGUGAAGGAUAAGCUCAAAACUAUGCCGUGUAGGAAUCAGGGAUAUAUUUUAGACGGGUUCCCAGAAACCUAUGAACAAGCACAAGAUCUUUUUCAUUCGGAAAGUGAAGAUGAAGAAGCUGGAGGCAAAAUACCCAAAUGUGAUACUUUAAUCACACCUGAAUUCGUUAUUUCUUUGACUGCAUCUGAUGAAUUCCUUAUAAACAGAAUAAUAAACUUGCCAGAGAGUGUUGUUGCUGGAACUCAUUAUACCCAGGACCGGUUCCUGCAAUCUCUAAAUCUCUUCAGAGAGUUAAACACAGAUGAUAAGACUGUUCUCAACUAUUUUGAUGAACUCGAAAUACAUCCUCUGCUUAUUGAUGUAGCCAAAUAUGAAGAUCCUGAGAACAGAUUUAUUGUAAAAGUGAUCACCAAAGAACUUGGGGAACCUCGGAGUUAUGGUUUGACAGAUGAAGAAAAGGAGAUUUUGGAACGCAAAGCAGCUGAGGAACGCCUCGCCAAAGAAGCUCAAGAAAAAGCUGAACGAGAGCGUAAAGAAGCUGAGGAAAGAGCCGAAAGGAUGGCACAUUGGGAAGAGUGGAGCAAAAAUCAGGAGGAAGUGAAAAAACAAGAACAAGAGUUAUUGGAGGCCCAGUCGAUUCCACUACGCAACUAUUUAAUGAAGAAUGUCAUGCCAACACUUAUCCAAGGGAUAAAUGAAUGCUGCAAGAUCAGGCCAGAUGAUCCAGUUGAUUUUCUGGCAGAGUAUCUCUUCAAGAACAGUCCUGAUAUUGAAUGAGAUAAAUGUUGACUCCUAACAGCUGUUGAAAUUGUGAAGUAGAGAGGGGGAACAUUCAUAAUGUAUUUCAAAUAAAAAUACUUAGUUUCUGAAAUUAUUUGUUUAGCUUUAUAAUGUAAUCUUCAUUUUUACUUCUCAUACUUUCUAGGAUGUUGAAUUGGGAGUUUAAUAUUCCUUCUACAAAAGUACAAUUUACUGCACAUACUAAUAUAUUUAGGUAACUGUAUUUUAUGUCUAUUUGAAACUGUGAACGUUAAGAAUUCGUUCUCUCUCCCAAAAUUUUCUUCCUGGAUUUUUUUAAGUUGCACAUUUUAUUUAAGUAAUACAAAGAAUCGAUUUGUCCUGAUCCACAGUGGAUGUAGGCAGCUAGCCUGAGAAAAGUUUUCUCAAAAAAACCCCCAAACACCAAGUUUUCACUGAAAAUGGAAAUAGGAGCAGCAAGAUCUCUUAUUUCCCCUCCCAGCUGCAAGAGAUAAAAAGUCACCAAACAUACCCUUCCUAUGUUGUACUGAAGACUGACUAGUAAAAAGUUGUACAGAAUAGGUAUGUCAUAAAACCUGUGUUUUUCUUUGGAAUAAAAGAAAAAAAAAAACACUUGUUAUUCUCAUUUAGUUCUCUUCAUAAUCCAAUAUAAUUUAAUAGAUUCUUGAAGAAUCUAGACUUUCUAACUCCCUUUUUUACUGACUUUAUAUACCUUUCACAGGAAGGGAUUUA